AUGGCUGCGAUUUUGAAUGAGUUUGAAAACAGUUUGGAGAGUACCGCGCACAUGGAAGAACAGCAAGACAAUGCCAGCUGGGCGCUGUACUUGGAAAGACGCAGCCUUGUUCUGCAGUUCCUGCGCUCCAGCCUGAGCCUUCACCAGCUCCAGCACUACCAGAACAAAGCUGACCUUCUGAAGAAGUGUUGCUUUUACUUGGGGGUUGAGCCGAAAUACAUGAAUGUGACAGACGAGAACCACGUGAUGCAUCGCACUGACAUCUUGCAACUAAUAGACCCCUGCAAGCUCCAGAGGAUGAAGGAGCUGGGAAAAAAACAGACUGAAAUCCAGCUGUCGCUUUUAACUGAGCUGUUAGAACAGCUGGAACGAGGUCGGGCGGAGCUGAGCCAUUAUGUAGAGACCUGGGAUAUGGCAACUUUCCUCUCCCAGUGGCACUUGAUUACACAGAGACUGUCCGAGCUCUCCGAGCUCUCGAAAACUGUCAUUUCCUUGCAAGUGCCAGGAGAGCUCUAUGUUCAGCAGUCUUUGGUGUCACAUGCACUUCUUAGAGGUACUAGACUCCCCAACAUUAGACUUUCUCUCUAUACAAAGAUGCCCCUGAUUUUUAAUCGAAACAAAUCAUUUGCAUACAAGGACUGGGUCAGGCUUCAGUGGUUUACCAAUAAUAAAGAGCCACACUUCGAGCAGUAUGAACUGCACUGUAAGUUACUGACAGAUGGAGUGGGAUACAGCAGGAUUCAGGAAGUUACCUCCAACAUAUGUAUAGUCCAGGGCCUGCAGCCUGGCAGAUCAUACCAAUUCACAAUCAGAAGAUCAUACACUCGGACGUUUGUCUUUGCAAACUGGCACGACAGCAUUAUAUUGAAGACACAAGCUAACACUGUUGAAGACGCGGAGAGCAGCGCUUAUGCACUGGAAGGAUGA